CAUAUAAAUUUCUUCAGUCUGCAUAGCAUUUCUAGUGCAUUGAUAUUUCAUCUCUUUGCUUAAAUUGAGAGUGAAAAAGAGAAUGAAACAGUCUCCUUCAUCUUCUCCCAUUUCUUCAACAAUUAUGAUUAAAUGUUUGCUAGUGAUACUGUUUAUAGUGUUGAUGGGCAGCUCCCAAGCUCAAUUAUCGACUGAUUUUUACAAAAAGGCCUGCCGUAAGGUGUUCGCUGCCGUGAAAUCGGUGGUUGCGGCCGCCGUCGCGGAAGAGAAGCGGAUGGGCGCAUCCCUCCUCCGCCUACACUUCCAUGACUGCUUUGUUCAAGGUUGUGAUGGGUCGAUACUUCUUGAUGAUACAUCCUCGUUCACGGGAGAAAAGACUGCCGGCCCCAAUAACAACUCGCUCCGGGGUUUUGAGGUAAUCGAUAGGAUCAAGUCUAAGGUUGAAUCCGUGUGCCCCGGCGUGGUCUCUUGUGCCGACAUCGUAGCCAUUGCGGCCCGUGACUCCGUGGUUCUACUUGGUGGUCCCAAUUGGGAAGUGAAAGUUGGGAGGAGAGAUUCGAAAUCGGCAAGCCUAAGUGUUGCAAAUAGUGGUGCGUUACCACCACCUACUUCCACUCUUAGCAACCUUAUCAAUCGGUUCAGUGCCGUUGGGCUCUCCACGAAGGACAUGGUCGUCUUAUCGGGUGCACAUACUAUAGGACAAGCAAGGUGUACAACCUUCAAAGGUAGAAUAUAUAAUGAUACCAACAUAGACCCAAUCUUUGCAAAGAAAAGGCAAACCAAUUGCCCUUUCACCAAUGGUACCGAACGAGACAACAAUGUGGACCCUCUCGACCACAAAACUCCCAAUUUUUUCGACAACUCGUACUUUGGAAACCUCCUCCAAAAGAAGGGCCUCCUCCACUCCGACCAGGUCCUCUAUAACAGUGGCGCCACCGACUCCCUCGUCGAGGCCUACGCCAAAAAUGGCCAAGCUUUUGACAAGGACUUUGUGGCCGCCAUGAUUAGAAUGGGUGACAUCGCCCCUCUCACGGGUUCGAAAGGUGAAAUACGCAAAAAUUGUAGAAAAAUGAACUGAUCGCAUGCGUAGGGACAUUGUACGUAACAUCUUAUUAUAUAAUCAAUCCAAAUGUACGUGCAUAGUGCCCCUCAGAUUUGAAUCAAAUCGCAAUAGUUUUAUUUAAAUUCA